AGGGGGUUUGUGUAUGUGUGUGGAAGAGAGAGAACCACAGAGAGACAGAAAGAGAAGCGACAGACAGCAGGGGCGGCAGCCGGAGGAAGAGUCACAGUGAAAGGAGCAGUAAGGCAACCGUCUGGGAACAACAGAUCCAGAGACACAGAAAAAAGGGAGGAAGACGUAAUCAAAGGUGAACCCCUUCCUGAUCGAUGAAAGAAACAAUGCCAGUCCUCUCUGCAGGAGAAGGGUUGCAUGAGACGCUUGCCCUGCUGACCUCACAGCUGCGUCCAGAUGCCAAUCACAAAGAGGACAUGGUCUUCCUCAAGGAUGUCUUCAGUGAGAGGAGUCUCAGCUAUCUGAUGAAGAUCCAUGAGAAGUUGCGUCAGUAUGAAAGGCAGAGCCCUACCCCUGUUCUCCACAGUGCCUCCACUCUGGCAGAGGAUGUGGCAGAGGAGUUGCAAAGUGGACCAAUGAGUUCUGAGGAAAAAGAGCUGCUACAUUUGCUGACAUCACCACAUCUCAAGGCAGUUUUGUCAGUUCACGACACAGUGGCACAGAAGAACUUUGACCCAGUGCUGCCUCCUCUCCCCGAUGACUUUGAGGAUGAGCUAGAUGAGGAGUCUGUCAAGAUUGUCCGCCUAGUCAAAAACAAAGAGCCACUGGGUGCCACAAUUCGGCGGGAUGAUUCCACAGGGGCCGUGAUUGUGGCUCGUAUCAUGAAAGGAGGGGCUGCAGACAGGAGUGGUUUGGUGCAUGUCGGUGAUGAACUGAGAGAGGUCAACGGCAGCUCUGUAAUGCACAAAAGACCAGAUGAGAUCAGUCAACUAUUGUCUCAAUCACAAGGCUCUAUCACACUGAAGAUCAUCCCAGCAAUCAAAGAGGAAGACAAGUUGAAAGAGAGCAAGGUCUUCAUGCGAGCGCUAUUUGAUUACACUCCAUUGGAGGACAAAGCCACGCCGUGUCAGGAGGCAGGGCUUCCGUUUAAACGAGGAGACAUCCUGCAGGUGGUCAGUCAGCAUGAUCAGACAUGGUGGCAGGCCAAGAGAGUGGGAGACUGCAACCUGCGUGCAGGACUUGUCCCAUCCAAACAGUUUCAGGAGAGGCGGUUAGCCUACAGAAUAAAAAUGGGCACCCUUCAAAGCUCAAAGUCUCCAAAAAAAGCUGUCUAUGACCAAGGAUGUGACAAAGAAGACUGUGACUGUGAGGGCUAUUUCAAUGGACAGUACAUAGUCUCUUCGAAGUGUAAUGCAGUGGCUCCCUCCUGUGGCCAGGUGUUUUCCUGGGAGUUUUACUCAGCCGGUUUAAGGAGAAGCUUCCGCCUAAGUCGGAAGGACCGUCGAGGUUCUUCAGGAGAGGCCAAUGUUUCUGACCAGAAUGACACAGAAUUCCUGACCUAUGAAGAAGUGACACGUUACCAGCAGAAGCCCAAUGAGAGACCCCGAUUAGUAGUUCUCAUUGGUUCUCUGGGAGCACGUAUCAAUGAGCUGAAGCAAAAAGUGAUAGCAGAAAAUCCCCAUCGCUACGCUGUGGCUGUGCCCCACACCACACGACCCAAAAAGAGCCAUGAGAAGGAGGGAGUGGAGUACCACUUUGUGACUAAGCAGGCGUUUGAUGCAGAUGCACAGAAUAACAAAUUUAUAGAGUAUGGUGAGUAUAAGGAGAAUCUGUAUGGGACCAGUAUAGAGGCCAUCCGCUCCGUUCAAGCCAAGAACAAAAUGUGUCUAGUAGAUGUACAGCCUGAGGCUCUGAAGGCCCUACGGACAGCUGAAUUUAAGCCUUAUGUCAUUUUCGUAAAACCAAGACUCCCAGAGAGUCGCAGACGCCGCAGUGCUGCUACUUCCCCAGGAGGAGGUGAACAUGGACGAAUAACAGAGGAGGACCUGCAGGAAAUGCGACUGUCGGCACAGCAGAUAGAUCAACAGUACGGUCACCAAGUGGAUCGGGUCCUGAUUAAGGAGGACAAUGCCAGUGCCUGUGCAGAACUACGUAGCAUCCUGGAGAGAUUGGAGCGGGAGACCUUCUGGGUUCCUGUGAGCUGGGUCAAAGCUUAGGACCUCAGCUUCAUUUCAGACUGUUAACCUACAUUUCCACUGAUGACUUUUCUUCCAGUCGGACUGCACUCACCCACCUGGACCUGGCUUAUUUGAGUGGUCCACCAUCUAUAAGAGGAGGCAUAAAAAAAGACUUGAAGGAUAUUGCAGAUUUUGUUUCCAGGCUGAGACAUACAGGCACAUAAGCACUUAUAUUGGCAUGAAUGAUCUAAUUUAUUUUUGAAUGAAAUUAGUUAUUUAUUAAUUCGCUUGUUAUUUCAUGAAGUUAGCUUAUUUGAUACUCUGUGGCUCCCUUUCAGGUUAUAUAUACUUUCAAUAGACUGUUCACUAAUGCAAUACUUCCAGUGUCAGGUUAUAUUUUCAGAAAGGCAUUGACCUUUGGUAUUAAAUGGCUAUUAGGUUACCAUAGCAACAACAUUGUUCUUCCUGAAUUGCACAUCUGGCCAGACCAAGUGGGAAAUUUGCAGGUUGGUCUGUAAAUUUUUUAACCAUGCACAUCAAGCCGUUCCCACACAAACCCAUGCAGAGACUCAUUUAGCAACCAUAACUACUUCCGUUUGAGAUCAUUUGAAGUUUUAAUUUCAUCUAGUGUUGCUUGUCAGACUUUGUUGUCUAAUUUAAUCACAGAAAUCAAGUUCUUUUUGAAGAGCGUGACUGAUCAAUGUUUUCACAGGAAAAUAUUAAACUCCUGCUGUGCCAACAACUGUCUCAAUGCACCAAGCUUUUCUUCUCAAGGAUUGUCUUCAUUUGGAGGGUUACAAAAUACCAUGCCAAAGCACUUGAGCUUCACAAUAUCUAUGUAAAUAUGUAACUAAGCUUCCUGGAGUUUAGGUUUGUUGGGUGUAGCACCCAGGUCCCUUAUUUCAGCAUAUGUUACAUCUGCAAUAUGAACUCAUGCAUUUUUUUGCUAUUUAACUUUCACAUUUCACAUCCCUCUAGAACUUUCUACCAUUUCCCAACAUAUCAUACAAAUCCUCUUGAUCCUACCUCACCUUGGGUUUGAACUGAAAUCUGUUGCCUGUUUCUGCAGUUCUUCUGUGUAAAUUCUUAAUUGUAUGUCAUGUACUGUACUGAUUGCAAAUAAACAUCAAAACCUGUUAAAAA